AUGAUGAGCAGCAGAGGGAUCGGGGUGCCGCUCGGCUUCCCCUUGGGCCCCACAUCUGUCAUCCAAGUCACGAACCUGUCAUCGGCAGUGACCAGUGAGCAGAUGCGCACUCUCUUCGGCUUUCUGGGAGAUAUCGAGGAGUUGCGUCUCUAUCCCCCGGACAACGCACCUCUUGCUUUUUCCUCCAAAGUAUGUUAUAUUAAGUUUCGUGAAGCAUCAAGUGUUGGUGUGGCACAGCACCUAACAAACACGGUUUUUAUUGACAGAGCUUUGAUAGUUGUGCCCUGUGCAGAAGGUAAAAUCCCAGAUGAAGCCAAAGCCCUUUCUUUAUUGGCACCCGCUCCUACUAUGACAAGCCUGAUGCCUGGUGCAGGGUUACUUCCUAUACCUACACCAACCCCUUUGGCUACACUCAGUGUUCCACUUGGCACUUUGGGGUCUAUACCAUCAGCAGCAUUGGACCCUAACAUUACAGCUCUGGGAGAAAUACCACAGCCACCAAUUAUGGGGAAUGUGGACCCAUCCAAAAUUGAUGAAAUCAGAAGAACAGUUUACGUUGGAAACUUGAAUUCACAGACUACAACAGCAGAUCAGCUGCUCGAAAUAUUUAAGCAAGUUGGAGAAGUCAAAUUUGUGCGAAUGGCAGGUGAUGAGACGCAACCAACAAGAUUUGCUUUUGUGGAAUUUGCAGACCAGAACUCUGUACCUCGAGCUCUUGCCUUUAAUGGAGUUAUGUUUGGAGACCGGCCACUGAAAGUAAAUCACUCCAAUAAUGCAAUAGUGAAGCCUCCUUAAAUGACACCACAAGCUGCUGCCAAGGAACUGGAAGAAGUGAUGAAGAGAGUAAGAGAAGCUCAGUCUUUCAUAUCUGCUGCUAUUGAGCCAGAGUCUGGAAAGAACAGUGAAAGAAAAGGUGGUAUAUCUCGUUCCCAUUCUCGUUCAGAAUCCAGGUCUAGCUCCAAAUCCCGAUCUAGAAGGAAAAGAUCCCAAUCGAAACACAGCGAGGCAGCUCUCCACAGUUGUGGAGUCGCCUUCUCGGCCCAAGUACAUGCCAUUUGA